AAGCACACACCGUGGCGCUGAAACGGAUUAAUAAGGAACUUAGCAAUUUGGCCCGUGAUCCUCCAGCACAGUGUUCUGCAGGUCUAGUUGGGGAUGAUAUGUUUCAUUGGCAAGCCACAAUGGGGCCUAAUGACAGCCCAUAUCAAGGUGGUGUAUUCUUUUUGACAAUUCAUUUCCCUACAGACUACCCCUUCAAAACACCUAAGGUUGCAUUUACAACAAGAAUUUAUCAUCCAAACAUUAAUAGUAAUGGCAGCAUUUGUCUCGAUAUUCUAAGAUCACAGUGGUCUCCUGCUUUAACUAUUUCUAAAGUUCUUUUAUCCAUUUGUUCGCUGCUAUGUGAUCCAAAUCCAGAUGACCCCUUAGUGCCAGAGAUUGCACGGAUCUAUAAAACAGACAGAUAA